AUGAUAAGUCAGGAUAAGCCGGACGACUCGAAAAACCGGAGGCCGCCGAACGAUAAGCGAAAAAGGCGGGGCAGAAAGAAGAAGAAAACACCCUCCUCGGAAACCCCUGUGGACGGUCAGAGCCCCCAGAAGGAUACUUCCAAGGCUGCUACUGUGGACAAUGCUGCAUCUGAAGAAAACACAGUCAAUGUGCCAAAGACGCCUGUGGAACCCUCGACCAGUCAAUUACCCACGCUAAUAACAGAACCGAUAACUCAACCGCCGAAACAUCAGGAACAGCUUAUGAGCCCUCGAAAACAGACGUUACUACGUCAUAAGAAAAGCAGCGAUCGUGUUGCUGAGCCUUCUUUCAUCAGUGAAGCCAAGGAAUUCCGGAAAAAUAGGAAACAACCUGUUUCUUCAACCAACAGUGAAGUCAACUCAGUGGACGACGACCAGAAGUACCUGGAAAUUCUCUCCCAACAAAACUUGCAGGGAAAGGCCUCGCUUUUCCGCUAUCUGGCUGCUCGAAUCUUGGUCUAUCAUGAGCAGAUUCUGGAUCCGGUUCUGCAGUCGUCUUCUGGAACACUCUUGGGACAUGGGGAGCUUGAGAUCUUCCAAUUGCAUAACGGCGACGUGACUUAUUUGCUGUGUGGCCGCUCGUUUGUCUAUCCGCUUCUUCCAAAGCUCAAAAUUCUUCGCAUAAGUCUCAACCAAUUCAUCUUGCCUUUGUCAAACCCAGAGCGGUACUGGAAAAUCAACAUCGACACUGAGGACGUCGCCGUGAUAAAGGAGCUCGAGCUGAUUUUACAGGGUGUCGUCAAGUACACCAACCUUUCAUUUGCCGCUGCCAAAGCUCCCUCCCUUCCGUCAUACAUAGAGGAAGAGCUUCAGGAGCCACAUACGCCUGAAAAGACAAAGCCUUCGAAUGGAAACGGUAAUCUUCAUGCUGGGCAUGAAAGAACACCAAAAUCCAGCCACUUCACGCCAUAUUUCAACGACAUCCCGGAAUCACCGCCAUCUGCACCGGUGUCUCCCCAACAGCUCUACGAUCCAGAUCCAGCGUUCCAACUUCCUCCCGCUCAAGAACCUCAAUGGCCUUUGCAUCGCAAAACAUCGAAUCAAUCGAUCACCUCGGCGCUUGCUAGUUUCAAUCUCAAUGAGCACAAUUCAAACACGAAAAAACCAGCUCCUAAAUUAUUCCAACCAAAACCAGUGAGUUCGCCUCACCCACAUGCUAACCCGCAUGCAAAUCCACAUGCCAACCUACCAACACCAAAAGAGUUGACCUACAAGCAGCACUCGAACCCCUAUCAGUCCCGCUCCAGGCCAGCGAAGGCUGAUGCCAAAUCUGACUCCUCUUCCAUGGACUCGCUUCUCGAUGAGUAUGAGGAGAACAUUUCCACCACAAAAUCCAUCAAUUACAACAUUCCUAGAUCACAGUCGCGGACAAUGUCUUUGGCAUCCAGUGCGUAUCCAGCGGCCAUCAAUUAUCAGCGUGGAAAGAUCCCACUUGUUCCUGAUAUAAGAAGCAAUGUGGGCUCCACCACACAUGAAGCGGCUGACGAAGAAGAGGAUGAUGAUUUCCCAAAGACAUCACUCUCCCAGUACAACAGAGCAAGACAGAAUACCCAGAGCCAAAGGUCCCGCCGGUCGUCUCCUAGUGAGCUCUACAAUUCUGUCAGCAACUGGAUGGAGCCAAAUGUUCGUCAGCCCCAGUUAUCCCACUCUCGCUCAAACUACUCGCUUGCCAGUGCCAAGAACAGUAUCGCAUCCAACCGCACUCAGGAAAGCACCCUUCGGGAUAUUUAUCGCUCAAUCACUGAGAAUAACUUGCAUGCCAAUUUGCAGCAGCCAAAUGGAAGGCGUCCGAGUGUUGGGUCCAGUCGUGGGUACGGGCCCAGGCCUAAAACAAACACUUUGAAUACCCUGACCAAGCCUCCAAAGACUGAGCAAAAGCAGGGUAGAAGCAGAAACGAAUCACUUAGCUCGUCUGAUGUCUACCGCCUUGUGAGUGCCCGUCGUAGUGAAACUGGAGAACCAAGCAAACGUGGGGGCAUUUCACGGUUGUUCGGAUGGUGA